AUGUGGCUGGCAGGGGUCAACUGUGAUGGAUUUGCUGUAAGAUCAGAAUCACAGGGCAGUGUGAAGAGGCGAGGACGCCCCCGCACCUACCCAAGCCCGCAUGCCGCCGCGUCCCAGCACCCACGUCCCACCGCCGCCACCACCACCACGCCCAAGAGAAAGGCCGAAGGGGAUGCUAAAGGAGAUAAGGCCCAGGUGAAGGACGAACCACAGAGAAGACUGGCCAGGUUGUAUGCUAAAGCAGCUCCUCCAAAGCCAGAACCCAAGUCUAAAAAGGCUCCUGCAAAAAAGGGAGAGAAGGUACCCAAAGGGAAAAAGGGAAAAGCCAAUGCUGCCAAGGAAGGGAAUAACCCUGCAGAAAACGGAGAUGCCAAAACAGACCAGGCACAGAAAACCGAAGGUGCUGGAGAUGCCAAGUGAAGUGUGUGCAUUUUUGAUAACUGUGUACUUCUGGUGACUAUACAGUUUGAAAUACUAUUUUUUAUCAAGUUUUCUAAAAAAUGCAAAAUUUUGUUUUACUUUUUUUUAAAGCUAUGUUGUUAGCACACAGAACACUUCAUGGGCUGUUUGGGGGGAAGG